AUGGCCAAAGACCAUAACGUCGAAGAGCGAGGCGUUGAUGCUGCAGCCCGUCAUUCUCUGAAUGACGAGGUAGGCAUGGAAAAGGGUGCUGCCUUGCACAGUGAAGAUUUCCAUGGUGCCGCUGAGAGAGGUCACGUCGCCACUGACAAGUACGGCCAUUCACUUGUCACCUUUGAUCCCAAAGCAGAGGCGCGUCUUCGAUGGAAGAUCGACUUGUACAUUGUGCCGACUGUCGCACUUCUCUACCUCUUUUGCUUCAUUGAUCGUGCCAAUAUCGGAAAUGCGAGACUUGCAGGUCUUGAGAGGGAUCUGCAUCUGACGGGUUAUGACUACAACACCGUCUUAUCCGUCUUCUACAUCUCGUAUAUCAUUUUUGAAAUCCCAGCCAACAUGCUUUGCAAAUGGAUGGGACCUGGCUGGUUCAUCCCGCUUACAUCCCUGGGGUUCGGAAUCUGCUCAAUCGGGACUGCGUUUGUCCACGAUAUUCAUGGCAUUUGUGGUGUACGGUUCUUACUUGGCAUUUUCGAGGCCGGUAUGCUGCCUGGUAUCGCCUACUACAUGAGCCGAUGGUAUCGACGAAGCGAGUUGGCCUUCCGACUGUCUCUCUACAUCGUCAUGGCACCCCUCGCCGGAGCGUUUGGCGGCCUCCUUGCCUCUGCUAUCCUCAAGCUACCGGGCUUUGGAAGUCUUCAUCAAUGGCGUAUGAUUUUCGCCAUCGAAGGAAUCAUCACUUGCGGCAUUUCGGUCAUCUCGUUCCUGACAGUCACAGAUCGCCCAGAAACAGCGAGAUGGCUCACUCAGGAGGAAAAGGAUUUGGCUAUUGCCCGCGUUAAGUCUGAGCGUGUCGGCACGACCGAGGUGUUGGAUAAAUUCGACAAGCCCAAGGUUCUCCGUGGUAUUUUCAGUCCUGUCACGCUCGCCACCUCCUUCAUCUUCCUGCUCGACAACAUCACGGUCCAGGGCCUCGCUUUCUUCGCCCCAACAAUCGUGCGAACUAUCUACCCUGAGUCUAGUGUUAUUUCGCAACAGCUUCACACUGUACCGCCUUAUAUUGUCGGUGCAUUUUUCGUCGUCCUCCUCCCGGGGCUAUCGUGGAGGUACGAUAGACGAAAUAUCUUCUUCAUUGUGUCUGCUCCAAUGAUGAUGGUCGGAUACAUCAUGUUCCUAGCCAGCACCAGCUCUAGUGUCCGCUACGGUGCCACUUUCAUCAUCGCUGCAGGCGCUUUCCCGUACGGAGCGCUUUGCAAUGCUCAAGUUUCUGCCAAUGUCGUUUCAGACAGCGCGCGAUCCUCCGCCAUCGGCACCAAUGUCAUGCUGGGCAAUGUCGGUGGUCUUAUCUCAACCUGGUCCUUCCUCCCAUUUGAUGGACCCAACUACCACAUUGGCAACGGCUUGAAUUUGGCCACUUCCUCCACCAUCUUGCUCUGCUCCAUCCUCCUCCUGUUCUGGAUGUGGGCCGACAAUAAGAAGAGAGAGACCAAGGACGUCGAUGCCGAAUUGGAUGGCUUGUCUAUCAAGCAAGUGCAAGAUCUCGAUUGGAGACACCCUGGUUUCCGAUGGAGACCAUAG